UUGGGAAUUCCGACCCUUGCAAUACGGCCGUGAACGCAACGAGCCCCGUCCAACAUGGCGGCCCAGCGAAGGAGUCUGCUGCAGAGCCCUCAGAGCUGGACAGAUGACCUGCCGCUGUGUCUGAUGUGUGGUGUCGGCACGGCAACCAACAAUGUGUACGGCCCCGACGGGAAAGGGAGCCGCAGCCACCCCAACGAAGACGGACACCUGAGGUUCAGAGGCGAGGACGGCUGCUUCCUGUACGGGGUGUUUAACGGUUACGAUGGCAGCAAAGUGGCCAGUUUCGCCUCCCAGUAUCUGACGGCUGAACUGCUGCUGGGACAGCUCAACUCCAGUCACACCGACAACGACGUCCGCAGGAUCCUCACUCAGGCCUUUGAUGUGGUGGAGAAGACCUUCUUUGACUCCAUAGAUGACGCUCUGGCUGAGAAAGCUCGCCUGUCCAACUUCCUCCUACCACACAACGAGAACCAGAAGGUGCACGAGCGUCUGAAGGAGCUGGAGAAGGAGCGACUGAAGGAGCUGGAGCAGGAGGUGUCUGGAGGAGCGACGGCCGUGGUGGCUUUAAUUCUCAACAACAAGCUCUAUAUCGCCAAUGUUGGGACCAACCGGGCUCUGCUAUGCAAGUCCAGCAGCGACGGCCAGAACCAGGUUCUCCAGAUCGGCCGGCCGCACAGCACCGACAAUGAAGACGAGCUGCAGAGGCUGGCUGCUCUGGGUGUGGAUUCAGCUCGUGUUCGGCAGGCGGGGCAGAUCACUGGUCAGAGCAGCACCAGGAGGCUCGGAGACUACCGGGUCAAGUUCAACUACAAUGAAAUCGAGCUGCUCAGUGCGGCCAAGUCCAGGCCGAUCAUCUCAGAGCCGGAGAUUCACGGCAGCCAGUCUUUGGACAGCGUGACGGGCUUCCUGCUGCUGAUGUCUGAAGGCCUCAUCAACGCCCUCGAGUCCGCCCACGGACCCGAACAAGCCAAUCAGGAAAUCGUUGCCAUGGUAGCGGCGGAGCUGGCCCUGCAGACCAGCCUGGAGGCGGUGGCUCAGUCGGUGGUGGAGCGCGUGAAGCGGCUGCACCACGACGUCUACGUGUCCGGCCGUCAGAGGGCGACCUUCUGCUCGCGGCACGAGGACAUGACGCUGCUCAUCCGCACGCUCAACUACCCGCUGGCCGACGGGUCCAUCACGCCCACACAGGGUGGGCGUAUCUAUCCGGUGUCAGUGCCCUACUCCAACAGCCAGAGCACCAGUAAAACCAGUGUCACCCUCUCACUGGUCAUGCCCUCCCAAAACACUCUCACCAACGGAACCAACACUGCCUCCACCCUGGAGGAAGGAACCCCCACCCCAGGCAGCCAGAGCCCGACGGCCACCCUCCAGUCCACCAACACCCAGACCCAGAGCUCCAGCUCCAGCUCGGGAGACGGCAGUCUGUUCCGUCAGAGAGGCAGCCAGGCGGCUCAGCCCGAUGAGACGGGGAGGGUCCCGCCCUACGUGGACUUCACCCAGUUCUACCACCUGUGGGGGAGUGACCACAGCGACGGCCAGACCACCAUGGGGGGGCUGGGACCCCAGUGAGGAAGGAGGAUGCUGGGGGGACUGGGUUUCCUGACAGCAGCGAGGCAACACGGACUCUGAAUGGACGAUGAUUUUAACAGGCACACAAUGCUUUUAAUGCAUCAUAACAAAAAAAAGAAGUGACCUGAAGGUGCAGGAAGGACUGGGGUUAUUUACAUUCGUUUAAAUUUUUUGGGGGGGGAUGAAAAUCUGCUUCCAUUUUAAUUUUCCUCCUGUAUGAAUUGUUUUAUUUAUUAGCGGUUAUCGAAUAAUAACAAAGACCAAAGUUAAUAAUGUUUAAUCUUCAUUUGAUCAUCUGUUUUCCAGGAUCAUUGAAAUGCUCGCUGACGUUUCAGCUCAUAAACUUUGUCUUCCUUUUUCUUGUGAAUGUCCGAUCGAUACUGAGCGUGUGCAGCUUUCACCAGAGAAGGAAGAGAGAUGGCUAAUUCAUUAGCUCCUCCCAUCAACAGCUAGGAAAAAAACAAUGUUGGAUUUUUGAUAUUUUUUGGUCAUUUUACUGAGACGGGUUGUGCUUCAGUUUGAGAUUUAAAUGGUGAAUAUAUAUAUGUAAUCCGGUGAUGUAAAAACAGGAAUGUCAUAGAGUUGAGAAUGAUUACAUGCUGUUAGGGCUUAAAAAUGAAUCAAAAGGAUGUGUUUUGAAAGUACUUUUUAAUUUGUAAUGAAAGUAUAUCUCCAAA